UGUUUUCAAUACAAACAAUUAUUAAGCGAGAAGUUCUCCAUUUCGGCUUUAUUUUAAAAACGAAGUCGAAAAGGGGUUCCUUUGUCUGCUUUUACAUGAAGACACAAGGCGCAGAAAUUAUCUUCGAAUUUCCUUUCUUUUGAUUUUCCCUUCGAGAAUGAUGCGAUUGCGAUGCACUGUACCGUUGCCAAAAAAAUUAUUAAAUAUUGGUGCUUGUCCAACAAACAAAGAGUUCAUAUCUACCGCUGCGAAGUUAUUGAAAAAUGAUGAAUUUGAAACAGAUCCCCACAACCCUUUGCGAAGAUCUCUCAACAUUAUCACAAGAGAUUUCAAACCAAUUAAAGAUUAUUUCAAAACAAUCCCUAAGUCCACAGAUGAAGUUCCUGAUAAGAAUUUGAAGAAAAGAAUUGAUCCAACAGAAAGCGAAUUUCAAACCCAUUGUGAUGUUGUAAUUAUUGGAGGCGGUUGUAUAGGUUUAUCUAUUGCAUUUUGGCUUAAAGAAAAGGCAAGAAGUGGUUUAAAUGUUGUUGUUAUUGAAAAGGAUCCCACGUACAGAAAAUCCUCUGCUGCUCGAUCAUACAAUGGAUUAAAUUUCAACUUUUUAGUUCCUGAGAAUCUUCAAAUGGCUAUGUAUGGGGCUGAUUUCCUAAGAGAUAUUAAGCACCAUUUGGGGAGUGUGAAUUUAAAUUUUACACCUUUUGGGUCCAUACGGCUUGCAUCUGAGAAAAAUGUUGAAGUUUUAAAAAGCAUUUUCAAAAUACAAAACGAGUUGGGUGUUCGCAGUGAAUUGCUAACAGUAGAGAAAAUCAAAAGUAAAUUUCCCUGGAUUAAUACAGACGAUAUUGUUCUCGGCUGUCAUGGAUUGGAAAGCGAAGGCUGGUUUGAUCCAUUGGCUCUGUUAUUUGCUUACAAGAAAAAAGCUGCGGAGUAUGAAGCUCAUUUUGUUGAUGGAGAAUUAAUUGAUUUUGAAUUUCAAAGCCAAUCAAAUAUUUUAGUUGAUGGAGAAGAAGGGGAAACUUAUAAAGCUCUCGAUAAAGCAAUAGUUCAAAUGCCCAACGGGGAAAAACGUACAAUAAAAUUUGCUUUAUGCGUUAUUGCUGGCGGAUCAUGUUCUGGUCAAAUUGCACGACUGGCUCGCAUUGGAAAUGCACCAGGGUUUUUAAGUAUACCUCUGCCUUUGGAACAAAGAGAGAUACAAAAGUAUUUAUUUAAUUCUCCAGGACAAGAAGUUCCUGCCUUUACAACCCCACUUACUCUAGAUCCCAACGGUUGUUAUUUUACGCGCGAAGGACUGAGUGGCAAUUAUUUAUGUGGUAAAAAUACCGACACCCCUACAGAACAAACAAAUAAAACUUUACAAGAAACCUUCGAUGCCGAAAUACUGCCUUCUCUUACUCAACGUGUUAGGUCAUUUAAAAAUGCGCAAAUAAAAGAAAGCUGGACAGAAACAUACGCAUAUAAUUACUUUGAUGGAAACGGAAUAAUUGGAGCGCAUCCUUACUACAACAAUCUUUAUAUUGCAGCUGGUUUUAAUAGACAUGGAAUCCAACAAUCACCUGCCGUUGGUCGAGCUCUUUCCGAGCUUAUAAUUGACGGGAGGUAUAGAACUAUUGAUUUGGCACGUUUAAGCUUUGACAGAUUUAUUGUAAACCAACCCUUAUAUGAAGUUAGCACUAUUUAAUACAAAGUAUUAUAUAGAAAAUUUAUUGUAAGAA